AAUCCUUUUCUUUUUUGUUCUGCAGUGAUGACUAAAUUCAAACUAAAUCACUGGGUCACCAUGAGAAUCAGUGUUGCCAUAGUAACUCUGCUGCCUAUUUGCACAACAAUACCAAACCACAGUCAGUGGCAAAGACAAAUUCUAGCUUCAACAGAAAUUCCUGCUGAACAUAUUGACCCUGGUUCCAUUGACCUGACUCCGUUAAUAAACACACUCCUUAAUGCUUCACAUGCAGGUUCUGAGCAUUUGUUCUCUGUUCUGAGUGUGACAUCACACAGCUCUCUUGCAUUGCACAAAAUCACCCUGCUGGUCUACAACAUCUCUAGUUUUCAGGACUUUGAGACCAGUAUGCUUCCCCUGAAAUACUGCUACUGUGUGACAAAUAAAACCAAUGACCUCACAGAUUUUACAGCCAUACUGCUGGAUGUGAUGGGGAACUCAACUAGCUACCUGCAGGAGCUGUUUAAAUCUAGCUCUAUUCUGUCAGUUAGCCAGAUGAGGAGCUCAGACUGUAUCUACAUCUGUGUAAUGGCUGGAAAAACAGACAGAGACCAGACCGAGCUGUGGGAUUCUGUUCCUCCACUGUAUAACCAGACCAUUAUAGAGCACACACACACAGCUAUAUCAGCAGGUUUCCUAUUAUCCUCUCCCAUACACCCUGCUGUGUCUGUGACUUCUCCAACUGCAACUACCACUACUGCCGCUACACCUCAUGCUACUUUAACUGUGACAACCACAGUUCACAUGACUGCAGAAGCAGCUGAGUUGAAUACUACUAGUACUAAACUUACAACAGUUCCCACAAUAACAGUGCCUGUUAGUGUUCUCAUCCCAACAUCAGACACUGUUCCAACAGCAACUCAAACACCGCCAGGACCUUCAGCCAUUCCUGGACCUUCCAUGACAACCACAUCUACUAUGGGUCCAAUGCCGGCAGACACAUCAACAGAAAUAUCAGCAGCAAUUCCUGUGAAAACUGCUACAACAAAAAACAGUCCAGCUACCAGCAGAACCCCUCUUGACAGACCAGGCAAGCAUAUUGUGAUCGAGACUAACGCAGAGAUCCGGCUUCCACCAUCUCCAGAUUGUUUCACCUACAAUAGCUUUGGCAGUUCAUUAGUGUCCAGAUUCUGUGCUGUUCUGACAGGUUGCCCAUGGCGAUCUGAGCUUAUCUACAGAGGAAGUCAGAGAGCUGACCAGAAAGAAUAUCUGGAUGUAGACCCGAGUGAGAACCUGAUUCCAACAAUCAGCACAAUAAAGCUGCAGCCAUGUGUACUUGAGCUGUGCAAGUUUUUCUCCCAGUGCCUCUGCAGAGGAUUCAGCCAGAAAAUUAGUCCGCAGAGAUACUGCAUAGACAGUCAUUUUUGGUACGAAAAACACACAGUGGAGGUCUGCAAUCGUGUCAAAAGAAUCGCCUUCUCCAAGAGUCUGAAGCAGAGGUGCCUGGAGAAGAUGUGUGUUUAAAUGUGAGAAGAGCAUGAUGUCCCUUCAAGACUGUUACCGAGCAACAGACCAAAUCCCUGAACCCUUUCACCUCUGAAAGAAGAGAGAGAGAGAGAGAGAGAGAGAGAGAGAGAGAGAGAGAGAGAGAGAGAGAGAGAGAGAGAG